CGGUCUGUGAGUGACAGCACAUGUGCUGGGGUAUAUGGGAGGGCCGCUGCUGAAAUUCUAACCCCUUACCCCACGACAGUGAGACAUACCCCAGCUAUGGACAGGGAGGAGCUGUGAGAGACAAACGCUGGGAGAGGAAAGGAGGGACAGAGAGACAGCAAUAGCAAGAGGAUAGAGAGAAGGAAAGAGAGGAAAAAGUUCCAGGGUUGGAGAGUUUGGCCUUUUUCAUCCAGUAGAGCUGCUCAGGAGCCCAGUUCUUACUAAAGGAGCCUCAGAUCUUUCAGUCAUCAGGGGCCUGGUCAUACUGAGUUUCUGAGUGCAGGUACUGAGGAUGGCGGUACAGAUGUUGAUGGUGUGUGUGCUGGGUGCUCUGCUUUGUCAGAUGUGGAGCUCUGCAGAAGAAGAGGCCCUUCACCCAUGGAGAAAUCAAGGCAAGGGAGUGGUCAGAGUGAAGAGGGACUGGAUCAUCCCUCCAAUCAGAGUGCUGGAGAAUAGCAAGCAGGUUCCCGAAGACCUUGUCCAGAUCAAAUCGGACAAAAUCUUCACAGGUGAGGUGAUCUACAAGUUAGAGGGGCCGGGGGUGGACCAGGAGCCCAAGAAUCUGUUUGAGAUUGAUGAUAAAACAGGAGUAAUCAGGAGCAAGCGGCCGCUGGACAGAGAGAGACAUAACAGCUUCACGCUCAAAGCCUUUGCGCUGUCCCCCAGUGGAGAGAGACUAGAGAAUCCGACCACCAUAGAGAUAGUGGUGCUGGAUCAGAAUGACAACAGACCUGCUUUCACCCAGAGCCAGUUUGGUGGCAUUGUCUCUGAGUUCUCAGUCCCAGGCACCUCAGUGAUGUCAGUGUCAGCCACUGAUGCAGAUGACCCAAUGACAGAAAACGCUUUUCUGAGUUACUCCAUCAUUGGCCAGGAGAGCAUUCCUGCCAAUGCUGUCACCAAGACUAUGUUUGGUAUCAACAACGAGACAGGAGCCAUCUACACAAGAGAUGUAGGCCUGGACCGAGAGGUGGUGAAAAGUUUCCGAUUAAAACUGCAGGUUGCUGAUAUGGGGGGCAUGGGACUAACAAGUGAGGGUGUGGCUAUCAUACAUGUAUCUGAUAUCAACAACCACGCCCCACAGUUCAGCCCUGCCUCGUACAGUAUGACAGCAGUGGAGAACAGGGAGGACUAUGAGAUUGGCCGGGUGAAUGUGACAGACAGAGAUGAUCGUGGAACAGGAAACUGGGAGGCCAAAUACUUUAUUUCCAAUGACCCUGAAGGCAUCUUUGCCAUCAGUGCGGAUCCUGCCACCAACGAGGGCGUUCUGACAGUGGUGAAGCCUCUGGAUUAUGAAGCACAGCAUGAGUAUGUCCUGAUUCUGACGGUGGAAAAUGUCAAUCCUCUGAGCAACAAGGCUCCCAACCUCCCAAUGAGUACCGCUACAGUGGUGGUGACUGUCGUGAACGAGAAUGAAGCUCCUCAUUUCAGGGAGGACCCCAUACAGAUUGUGGUCCCUGAGUCUGUGGUUCCUGGGACUUUACUGAAAAGCAACAUUGCCUUCGACCCUGAUAAUUCUGACCUGAGGUAUGAGAUUAGUAGAGAUCCUGAGAGGUGGCUGGACAUCAACAGAGUUACAGGAGACAUUACUGCCAAGAGAACCUUCAACAUGCGAUCUCCAAAUGUUAGAAACAAUAUCUACAAUGCUGUAGUCAAGGUUACAGAUGCAGAUGGUGUGUCGACCACGGCCACAGUGGCCAUCACACUGAAGGAGACCAAUGACUUCCCCCCUCAGCUCAUCCCUCUGAGUGGCACUGUCUGUAGGGAUGCAGGCCGCAGGAAUUCUGGUCUGUCUGUGACUGCUGUGGAUAAAGACCUUCCUCCACACGCUGCACCCUUCACCUUUGAGAUGCCUGACGAUCUGUCAAUCAACUGGACUGUUAUUCAAGUCAAUGAUACUCAUGCUGUGCUUCAGCCCCUUAUAGAGCUGGAGGCAGGAGAGUAUGCGGUCACAGUGUUUGUGUCAGACUCUGGCAGCCCAGUUCUGAGCGCUUAUGCUCAGGUCAAUGUCACCGUGUGUCUCUGUGACUCCUUUGGAGAUUGUAAGUCUGAGGUGGGGGCUGUCCUAGGCUCCAGUGUGGGAAUCAGCUUCAUCGCUCUCAUCAUCAUCAUGGCUAGUAUUGCACUCCUACUGCUACUGCUCCUCCUGGCUGUGGCCGUGACAUCCUGUGGGAGACGCCACCAUAUCAAGAAAGGAACCGGUCUGCUUGUCGGGGAAUCGGAAGAUGACAUCCGUGACAAUGUUUUUAACUAUGAUGAGCAAGGCGGGGGUGAGGAGGAUGAGAAUGCCUUUAACAUCGACCUGCUGUGGAAUCCCCAUGAUGCACCUUCAACCCCCGGGUCCUACUAUCCUGGGUCUGGUGUUCCCCGAGGCAAGCAGCCCCUCAGGAAGGAUGCCCCACAUAACCUGCCCUCACCUAUCUACCCACGGAGGCCUCCAGCGGAUCCCACUGACAUCGAGGACUACAUCAAUGAUGGCCUGGAGGCUGCAGACAACGAUCCUAACGUGCCUCCGUACGACACAGCCCUGAUCUAUGACUAUGAGGGCGAGGGCUCACUGGCAGGCAGCCUCAGCUCCAUUGCUUCAGGCAGCUCUGAUGGAGACCAAGACUACGACUACCUCAACAACUGGGGACCACGCUUUCAAAAACUGGCCAACAUGUAUGACCCACGUUAAGGUGGAAGCAGAGAGAAGACCUGUGUGAUUCACCACCAGUUAGGGACCCAGAUCCCUCCCUCUGGUGUUUUUUUUCUGGACACAUUU